AUGGGGUGUUUACAGUGGUUUAAUGGUAGAAGUUUGAGGAAUGAUUUUCCUAGAUUGUUUAGUGUCUCAAUGGAUAAGAAAGGCUCAUUGAAGUUUUUCUAUCAAAGGAAAGAGCAAGACUCAAUUGAGGAUUCUUGUUCAUGGCUAGCAAAUAGUUCAGGAGUGUUCUCUGUGGCUUCGGUAUGGCAAAUGAUAAAGGCAGCUAAAAGGUCAAUGCUUAAUAUUUCAAAGGUUCAAUGGAAAAAUUCAGCGCCUCCAAAGGUUCAAUUCUUCAGUUGGUUAGCUUGUAGAGGGAGGAUAAAUUUUGCAGAGUUUAUGCAUCGGAUUGGAGUAUUGAAUGAUAAUGUUAGUUCUCUGUGUGUGUUUUGUAAGGCAGAGGUGGAAACACCUGAUCAUGUGUUGCUGUUAUGCCUUUUGAUAUGGAAUGUAUGGUCUGUCUUGGUGAACUGGUGGGAGGUAAAAUGGGUAACACCAGGUUCUAUGUUGUUGAACUGGUGGUUUGGAAUGGAAUGGAGGAAGAAGGAGCUAGAGAUUCAGAAGAUUGUCCCUUUGGCAAUGUUGUGGUCUGUUUGGAAACUAAGAAAUGAGUGUCUAUUUAAGAAAUGUAAUGCUGAUCUUGCAGGAUUAGGGGAGUUGGUGAAAGUCAUAAUUGCUCUAUGGGUUAAGGCUAAUAUGAAGGGUGUUACCUACUCAGUGCAUGAUGUUGUUGCAAUUUGA